AUGGAGUCCUCGCCGCCGCCGCAGCCGCCGCCUCCCACGGGGGGAGACCCGUCGGAGGAAGGCGCGGCCGCUGAGCCUGAGCUGCCCCGGCUCACCGUGACGCAGGUGGAGCAGAUGAAGGUGGAGGGGCGGAUAGCCGACAUCUACCGCGUCCUCUUCGAAGCCCCGCCCAGCACCAAGUCCGUCAUGCUAGAGCUGUGGCGCGACACGCACGCCGAGUAUCUGACGAAUGGGCUGAGGCAUCUUGGACCUGGCUUUCAUGUGCUCGAUGCCAAUCGGCCUUGGUUGUGCUACUGGAUGGUUCAUGCGCUUGCGUUGCUGGACGAAACGCUUGACGAUGACCUCGAGAAUGAUAUUGUGGACUUCUUAUCUCGAUGCCAGGACAAACAGGGUGGAUAUGGUGGUGGACCUGGGCAGUUACCUCAUCUUGCGACAACGUAUGCUGCUGUAAAUACACUUGUGACCAUAGGGAGUGAAAGAGCACUAUCAUCUAUAAAAAGGGACAAUCUGUACAAGUUUAUGCUUCAAAUGAAGGACAAAUCAGGUGCUUUCAGAAUGCACAAUGGCGGUGAAAUUGAUGUCCGGGCUUGUUAUACUGCAAUAUCAGUUGCCAGCCUGGUGAACAUUCUUGAUGCUGACCUGGCAAAAGGUGUUGGAAACUACAUAGCAAGUUGUCAAACUUAUGAAGGUGGGAUUGCGGGGGAACCUUAUGCUGAAGCUCAUGGUGGGUACACUUUUUGUGGGCUGGCUGCAAUGGUCUUGCUUAAUGAAGUGGAGAAACUCGAUUUGCCUAGCUUGAUUGACUGGGUGGCAUUUCGUCAAGGAGUGGAAUGCGGAUUCCAAGGACGGACAAAUAAAUUGGUUGAUGGUUGCUACUCCUUUUGGCAGGGAGCUGCUAUUGCUUUAGCACAAAAGCUGAUGACAAUUGUUGAUAAACAAUCUAAGCCAUCAUAUUCCAGCAAAUUAUCUUCAGUAGGUGAUGCUUGUGGCACCAGCUCAUCUGGGCUGGCUUCAGAAAAAUCUUCUAGCUUGGAUUAUGCGAAGUUUGGAUUUGAUUUCGUAAAGCAGAGCAACCAAACUGGCCCCCUGUUCCAUAACAUUGCCCUGCAGCAAUACAUCCUGCUUUGCACACAGGUGCUGGAAGGUGGAUUGAGGGAUAAACCUGGAAAGAACAGAGAUCACUACCACUCAUGCUACUGCCUAAGUGGACUCUCGGUGAGCCAAUACUGCGCAAUGACCGAUUCUGACUCAUGCCCCUUGCCUCAGCACAUGCUUGGCCCAUACUCGAACUUGCUAGAGCCGAUUCAUCCACUCUACAAUGUUGUACUAGACAAAUACGACGAGGCCCAUGAUUUCUUCCGGGAGAAUGAUCAAAUGCAGACCUUUACAGUUGCAGAUAGCUAGGAUAGUCUAUGGUAUUUCUCUUGUUUGCCCACGAGCAAUGGCUUGUCUAAAAA